CCACACACUCCCGUCCGAGGCCUUGCCGUUUUCUCUCCCUUUGCCGCCUAGGACCUUUCUCCUGGGCUGUCUUGUGUGUUAGGAUAGUUUCGUAAGGCACAGACACGCCUGCCGUCAAAAGAUGGCUUCUGUGUUGCAGGAUGUCCCCAACAACAUACCAGCCCCUGCAAUGGUGGCCCAACAGGCUGCCAAGAAGGGGCCCAAGUCAGUGGAGACAGUCUACCAAAAGAAGACUCAGCUUGAGCACAUCCUGCUCCGUCCAGACACCUAUAUUGGUUCUGUGGAAUUCACAACAGAACAAAUGUGGAUUUUUGACCCUGAGACAGACAGGAUUGUGCAGAAAGAGAUUUCAUUUGUCCCAGGUCUUUAUAAGAUUUAUGAUGAAAUCUUAGUCAAUGCUGCUGACAACAAGCAAAGAGACCCUGGGAUGGACACCAUCAAGGUGGAGAUUGACCCGGAGAAUAAUGUAAUAUCAGUGUACAACAAUGGAAAGGGUAUCCCAGUAGCCAUGCACAAGGAUGAAAAGAUGUAUGUGCCCACCAUGAUCUUUGGUCACCUCCUGACUUCUUCAAACUAUAAUGAUGAUGAACAGAAGGUUACUGGAGGUCGAAAUGGUUAUGGUGCCAAGCUUUGCAACAUCUUCAGUAACAAAUUUGUUGUAGAAACUGCCUCUAAAGAAUACAAGAAGAAUUUCAAGCAGACCUGGGGAACAAACAUGAGCAAGACAAGUGAUGCAAAGAUCAAAGAAUAUGGUGGUGAAGACUACACAAAGAUUACAUUCUCUCCAGAUCUUGUUAAGUUUAAGAUGGAGUCCUUAGAUAAGGACAUAGUUUCUCUCAUGUCCAGGAGAGCUUAUGAUAUUGCAGCAUCAACUAAAGGGGUCAAAGUGUAUCUGAAUGGCAAACGUGUCCCGGUGAAAAACUUCAAGGAUUAUGUUGAAUUGUACCUGAAAGACAAAGUGGAUGAUGCUGAUAACCCAGUAAAAGCUGUGUAUGAGAAUGUUAAUGAGCGCUGGGAGGUGUCUGUGGCUCUCUCUGACAAAGGAUUCCAGCAGAUGUCCUUUGUAAACAGCAUAGCCACUACUAAGGGAGGACGUCACAUUGACUAUGUGACAGACAUGAUAGUGAAAAACCUUACUGAAACACUCAAGAAGAAGAACAAGAGUGGUGUGCAGAUUAAACCAUUCCAGAUUAAGAACCACAUGUGGAUCUUUGUAAAUUGUUUGAUUGUGAACCCCACCUUCGACUCCCAGACAAAAGAGAACAUGACUCUCCAAGCCAAAAGUUUUGGUUCCAAAUGUAGUUUGUCAGACAAAUUCAUAAACAAUGUAAUGAAGUGCGGCAUUGUUGAGGCAGUCAUGACAUGGGCAAGAUUUAAGCAGCAGGCACAGCUACAGUCCAAAUGUGCCAACAGGAAGCAAAACAAACUGAAAGGUAUUCCCAAACUAGAGGAUGCUAAUGAUGCUGGAACAAAAUUCUCAUCUGACUGCACUCUCAUCCUCACUGAGGGAGACUCAGCUAAAGCCUUAGCUGUUGCUGGACUUGGUGUGGUUGGACGAGACAGAUACGGGGUUUUCCCACUCAGAGGUAAAUUGCUGAAUGUACGAGAAGCAUCACACAAUAAAAUCUUAGAAAAUGCUGAAAUUAACAACAUUAUCAAAAUCUUGGGACUACAGUACAAGAAGAAGUACGAGUCAUCAGACGACCUGAAGAGUCUCCGCUAUGGCAAGCUCAUGAUCAUGACAGAUCAGGAUCAGGACGGUUCUCACAUCAAAGGUCUGUUGAUCAACUUCAUCCACCACAACUGGCCCACCCUUCUCAGACACACUUUCAUGGAGGAGUUCAUUACUCCCAUUGUCAAGGCCACAAAGGGCAAGGAAGAACUGUCCUUCUACUCUUUACCUGAAUUUGAGGAAUGGAAGAAGAACAAAGAUAACUGGCCUAGUUACAAGAUAAAGUACUACAAAGGUUUGGGUACUUCCACCUCAAAGGAGGCUAAAGAGUACUUUAAUGAUAUGGUGCGACAUAGAAUCCGCUUCAACUAUGGUGGGGCACAAGAUGACCACUCCAUUCAGAUGGCCUUCAGUAAAAAAGCCAUUGAACAACGUAAGGAGUGGCUGACAGGGUGGAUGGAGGAGUGCAAACGCCGGAAGGAACUGGGACUACCGGAAGUGUAUUUGUACGAGCGUGGCACCAGAGCUAUCUCAUACACUGACUUUGUCAAUAAGGAGUUGGUUCUCUUCUCCAACCUUGAUAAUGAGCGAUCCAUUCCAUGCUUGGUUGAUGGUCUGAAGCCUGGUCAGAGAAAGGUCCUCUUCACUUGUUUAAAACGAAAUGACAAACGUGAGGUAAAAGUAGCUCAGUUGGCUGGCUCAGUUGCAGAACAUUCAGCAUACCACCACGGUGAAGCAUCUCUCAUGUCAACCAUCAUUAACUUGGCUCAAAAUUAUAUUGGGUCAAACAAUAUCAAUUUACUCCAGCCCAUUGGUCAGUUUGGUACUAGACUGCAGGGAGGCAAGGAUCAUGCCAGCCCUCGAUACAUCUUCACAAUGUUGAGCAAACUAGCCAGGUACAUAUUCCAUCCUCAUGAUGAUCCCCUGUUAAAGAGCAACUUUGAUGACAACCAGCGUAUUGAGCCAGAAUGGUACAUGCCAAUCCUUCCCAUGGUGUUGGUCAACGGUGCAGAAGGUAUUGGUACAGGUUGGAGUACCAGGAUCCACAACUACAAUCCUCGGGAAAUUGUAGAAAAUCUCAAAAGAAUGUUGAGAGGGGAAGAGCCAACUCGAAUGAUACCAUGGUUCAAGGAUUUCCGAGGCACAGUUGAAGAACUUGAUUCUCAAAGAUGUAUUGUGCAUGGAGAAAUUGCAAAUUUGGGUGGCAACAAAAUAGAGAUCACUGAACUGCCAGUUAGAGUUUGGACCCAAGCAUACAAAGAGACAGUCCUGGAGGGUAUGCUUGCCAGUUCAGAGAAAUCUCCAGCCGUGAUUACUGACUACAAGGAAUAUCACACUGACACAACAGUACGCUUCACAGUGACCAUAUCAGAAGCUAAAUUGGCCAAGGCCAUGGAAGAAGGCCUUCACAAAACCUUUAAACUUACAUCUUCUCUCUCCACAAACUCCAUGGUUCUGUUUGACCACAAUGGUGUCCUACGGAAAUUUGAGGCUGUAGAAGAGAUCCUCCGUGAGUUCUUUGAUCUCCGCCUCAAGUAUUACACCAAGAGAAAGCAGUAUUUGGUAGGCAUGAUUCAAGCUGAAGCAUCCAAGCUGUCCAACCAGGCAAGGUUCAUCCUAGAGAAGUGUGAUGGACGUCUAGUGAUUGAGAACAAAAAGAAAAAAGAAAUGAUUGCUGAACUCCAACGCAAGGGCUUUGAUUCUGAUCCUGUCAAGGCAUGGAAGAGAGUGCAAGAUAGAGAAGCUGCUCUCGAGGAAGAGGAACUUCAGUCUGAGUCGGAUCAGGAAGAAGUGGAUUUGAAGGGCCCUGACUAUGACUAUUUGCUGGGUAUGGCAAUGUGGAGCCUUACCAAGGAAAGGAAGGAUGAGCUUCUUAAAAAACGAGAUGAGAAGAAUCAGGAAUUAGAAGAGCUCAAGAAGAAGACCCCAGAAAACCUGUGGUUGAACGAUCUUGAUGAGUUCCUUAAGAAGCUUGAUGAAGUAGAACGAGAGGAGCGUGAGAGUGAAGAAGCAGCCAACAAAAAGAGCAGUGCGGGAACCAAGAAAGUAAAGAAGAGAGGUGGAGAUCCGCUGAAGAAUGAGACAAUGCCAUCACCUUUUGGUGAAAGAGUAGUUCCUUGCAUUGAUCCAGAAUUGAAGAAGAAGGCUGAAAAAGCAGCAGCAGCAAAAGAAAACAAAGGCAAACGGGUAAAGAAGGAGACAUUAGAGAAUGAUGACUUUGAUGACCUUGUGGCUGCAAACACUGGCAAAUCCCUCGCUGCACGGCUAGGCAAUUCACCUGACAUGAUCUUGAAGAAAGCUAAAGCAAAGAAGGGUGAUGGUUUGAAGCAGACAAAGCUCAGUUUCAAGAAGGGAUCUCCAAAGAAGAAGAAAGGAAAGAAUCCUUGGGAGUCGGGAUCUCCAACCGAGAGAACGUGCUGCAGGGAGACGCACUGCAGCGGCCAAAAUCAAGUUCCAGUUCAGUGAGGAUGAGGAUAGUGACAGUGAUGAAUCUCUUCAUGACAAUGCUGGUGUAGAAGAGGCAGACUCAGCACCUCAACAGGUGUCCAUUUUGGAUGAAUCUGUUGCGAAAGUAGAACCAAAAGAUGAGGUUGUAAUAAGUGAUACAGAUUCAGAAUUUGAUGUAAAACCCAAGAAAACCACUGCUGUACCUGUUGCGCAAGACAAACCCACAGCAUCAGAUCUGUUUGACUCAAUGAUGGGAUCCGCAAGCCCACCCAAAUAUGAACCUGAACCUGUUGUCAAAAAAGCUCCCGCCAAGAAGCGCACCAAGGGUGACAGCAGUAGUGAGGAGGACAGCGUGCCACAGCCCAAGAAGAAGCCAGGACCUAAGAAGAAGGCUACUGUGGUCCCAGAUGACAUGUCUGACGAUGAACCCAAGCCCAAGAAGAAAGCAGGCCGUCCCAAGAAGAAGGCUUCCGCUGACAAUGACAUGUCGGAUGAUGAGCCCAAGCCCAAGAAGAAGCCGGGCCCAAAGAAGACUGCUGCAGCCAAGAAGAAGAAUGACUCUGAUUCAGAUGACAUGUUUGAUGACAUAGCUCCUAAGGGUAAAGCAGCUUUGAACGUGUCUGACGACUUCAAUAUUUCUGAAGUUGUUCCAAGGGAGCGAUCUGGGCGACAAAAGAAAGUAAUCACCUAUGCCCUAAGUGAUGAUGAUGAUGACUCUGAUUUUUAGACUCUUUGGGCACAAGAUGUCUGAACACGUACCUUGAAAGAGAAGAGGAGAGACCUGAGGCAACAUUAGAUACUAAGUAGAAAUGCUCUUUCUUUGAUAAUGAAAUUGCUCCUGUAUUUUAAGGAGCUGGUCAUUGCUGUAUUAUAAGUAUUCUAGAGCAUUGUCAACUUCAUUUGUACGAAUUUGUAACAAAAAUAGCUAUAAUAUUAGUAUGAAAGGACAAUUUUUAAGCUGUUGGGACCCUUUGUAUUAGGCUUAUUCAAAGUACUGUGUAACAAUUUAAAUCUUUUUAAUGAUAGACUUUCAAGUACAAAGGGAUUAUGAAAAGUCUGCUGAUACAGUUGCUUUUAUUUGAUGCUGUAUUUUUUUAAUGUCUCAUCAAUGGUAUAUAUUUACAAAAAUACUUAUAAUAGCUGCAAUAAAAAAUACUUCUGUAUUUUUCAAUAAAUUCUUCUAGGAGAAAUUUUUGUAAAAGAUAAUAAAGAGACUUACCAUGUGCUGUAGAUAUAUUCCAGGAAAACUUUUUUUUAAGGUGUAAUGAGAUAGUAAUGAAUUGUGACAUUUUGAGGAGCAACAGAGGAGCAGGUAUUUUAGUCUAAGUCUAGCACAAACUUUGGGAAAUCUUCAGGCUCUUUUGUUGUCUUUUUUCAAUUAUUUCAAUGUGAAUU